AUGGAGCAGCGCCACGUGAUUCACUUCCUCCAAGAGAUCUUCAUCAAGGCGCUCAUGUCAAAAGCCCGGGCAGAGGGAAAAGGCAGAAAGUUUUUUAAGCUCUUCAACUCGAUUUUAUCGCUUCGAGAAGUUGUUAACGAGGCCGAUGUGAAUCAGGUGUACCGCUACAAUAGGAGAAUUCUACCAAACGAUAACUUCAAAGGCGACGGGGGCAGCAGCGGCUCCAGUCCAAGUCCAAACAACGGCGAUGGCAGCAGCGGUUUCAAUGGCUACGAUGGAGGCAGUAACUUCCGCGCGCAUCGCAUGGAUUCACGAAUGCUUCAUAUGCGCUAA